AUGCACCCGCCAGCAUCGCCAACCUACUCUGCAGGGGCGCCAACAUCGAGAUAUGCUCCCAAUGCCACAGGCUUAAACAACAACCACUCCAACAACAGCAACAACUACCACAACAGCAACAAUGGACUAUACGGCCGCCUGCCACCCCCGCCACCAUACCCACCACCAGCAUCGCCCGGCGGAUCAAGGUCGCCGCAAGGCGCUCAGCCCACGCACCACCAGCAGCAUCCAUAUCGUCCUGCAGCACACCCCCGUGCCGCCGAUCUCAUCAAUCCACACGGGCACGCCACUUCCCACGCUCCCACCGCCACCAACAACAACAACAACACCAGCAGCGCCCCUCCCGCCUCGCCGCAGCCGGCCAAAUCAGCCGCGAAACCCAGGUUCUCGACGGCCGACGCGCUGGCAGCAACGGCCGGCUACUUGGACAACACGAAGACGAUCAUCGAGGGCGCGGACACGGCGUGGAGGUUCUGGGACGACCAUCUCGCGCAGUGGGUGGUGAAGAAGGAGAAGAAGAAGAAGGAGGAGAAGAGUGAUGGCGGCGAGCUGGACGGAGACGACGGCCAGAAGGAGGGUGGGGUCGUGGGGGAGAAGGACAAUGGCGAGCACCACCACCACCACCGUCACGUCGGCAACGGCAACGGCAACGGCAAUGCAGUGCCCAGCGAAGCCGCCGCCGCCGCCGCCGCCGGCCGCAGCCCAAACACAGCAAGCCCCGGCGCAGGCGCAGGCUCAGACGACCAGCACGACUCCUCCCAUUACUACCACGACGACUCGGACUCCGACCAGGCCGAUCCGCACUACUACUGCACCCCCGACAACAACACCACCGACGAAUACGACGACGAAUACAACGAAUACGAAUCCGACCCCUCACCGCCGGAGCCCUUCCGAGUCGGCGACCGCGUGCGGUUCGUCGAGGGGUCCGCCGGGCUGCACGGCAACAAGGGCCCGUUCGAGGUGUGCCGCGCGGACGCGGCGGCGGACGUGUACGAUGUGCGGUUCCCGCCGGGGCCGGCGGGGCACGUCGUCGGGUGGGGGAUCGAGGGGGACGAGCUGGAUUUCGUGGGGUUUGGUGCUGGGCAUGAGGAUUGA